AUGGACUCACAACUCCAUGGGGUUCAUUCCUUCACUACACUGUUACAAGAGGGGGAAGAAAGCUACAAUGACUAUUCCCCAUCUUUGAAUGACUUAGAGUCGCAAUAUACUCCGUCCAAUCCAGAAGAUGGGAGUAGUAGAAAAACUAAAUCUAGAAAAGGAAAUUUUAGCACAGAAGAGGACAACUUGCUAGUUUUAGCUUGGCUGAAUACUAGUAUGGACCCAAUCAAUGGGGUUGAUCAAUCAAAAUAUUCAUUUUGGUCUAGAGUUCAUGAAUAUUAUGAGAAAAACAAAAAAUCUAUAUCUUCUGAACAUAGUUCAUGCUCUAUUAGAAAUAGAUGGUCUACUAUCCAACUUGCUACAAAUAAGUUUUGUGGGGCCUUAGCUCAAAUUGAAAGAAGGUCUCCAAGUGGGGCUAAUGAGCAAGAUAGAUUUAGAAAGCCAAAGAGUUCUACCGAAGUAUCCAUCCCACUUCAUUCAACUUUCUUCAUUGUUGGACUAUUCUACGACACCAUCCAAAAUGGAAAGAAUCUGUGGCUGAGGGUAGCAGUAUGA